AUAGGUGAAAUAUUUAGCGGGAGAUGCCAAAAAUCAACACAGAGGAGGUCGAUCUGUUUUUCUGUUUAUUUUGUACCACUCAGUCGACCUUGAUUUACAACACAAUCCACAAAACAACAAAUUAGAGUCAUGUUUUCAGACGUGAUUGUGCCCAAAGAAACCCUGUUAAACCCUCCGAGCUACGAAGAGCCGGUGUUUGAUCGCCAUGCGCCUUCAUACAGCGGCUGCUCGGAGCACUUUCGCAUCGGCGAGCGCAGCUUCAGCCGCCAGUACGCGCACAUCUACGCCACCAGACUGAUGCAGAUGAGACAGAUCCUCGCAGACAGAGCCACACAGAAGUGGGGUUCUGCCGUGCCUGUAAGGAAGCUGUGUGAUCUGCAGAUGGUUGAACACUGUAUAAUAGUGGGCACUUUAUUCAAACACAUGGAGCUGCAGCCCUCCAUCCUGAAGGAGAUCAGUGAAGAGCAUAAUUUAUUGCCCCAGCCACCACGUACAAAAUACAUCAGCCAAUCAGAUGAGCUUAUUUUGGAGGAUGAACUGCAGAGGAUUAAACUAGAGGGAAAUAUAGACACACCCAAAUUUGUUACGGGCAGUGUAAUUGCCAUCAUGGGUGCUGAGAAAAAUGAUGGUAAAUUUACUGUUGAAGACUUCUGCAUGGCUGACCUGCCUCCACAGGCAACCAGACAGCCUACUAGCUCAAACAGGUUUGUGCUUCUCGCCUCUGGUUUGGGGUUGAACGGCAGCAGAGCAGACAGCAUGAUGGGAUUGCAGCUUUUGGUUGACAUGGUAACAGGUCAUCUUGGAGACCAGGGGGAGCAGAAUGGAGCCGCUUCUAUUUCCAGAGUCAUUUUUGCUGGAAAUCUGUUGAGUCGGAGCACUCAGAACAAAGACUCCACAACCAAGGCUAAGUACUUGACUAAGAAGACACAGGCUGGGAGUGUGGAGGCUAUCAGGCUGCUGGAUGAGCUUCUAGUUCAGCUAGUGGCCUCCGUACCUGUGGAUGUCAUGCCCGGACAGAACGACCCGACAAAUUACACCCUCCCCCAGCAGCCUCUCCAUCGCUGUAUGUUCCCUCUGUCUGUACCCUACCCCACCCUGCAGCUGGUCAGCAACCCCUACCAAGCCAUCAUAGAUGAUGUCCGGUUCUUGGGUACAGCAGGGCAGAAUGUCAGUGACAUAGUGAAGUACAGCAGUGUUGACGAUCACCUGGAGAUUCUUGAGAGCACACUGAGGCUCCGUCACUUGGCCCCUACUGCUCCAGAUACACUGGGUUGUUACCCAUUCUAUCAGAAAGAUCCGUUCAUUCUGGAAGACUGCCCCCAUGUGUACUUCAGUGGAAAUGCUCCCAGCUACCAAUGCAAACGUAUCACAGGACCUGAAGGUCAAGAAGUACUCCUGGUAGCAAUCCCAGAGUUCAGCAGCACGCAGACAGCCUGCCUCGUGAACCUGAACACAUUAGAGUGUGAGCCAGUCUGCUUCUCUUCAUUUUCCACCGAUGAUGAUGAGGAGAACGAGAUGAAUAUCAGCCAUUAAACACUCCAACGUAUGACACUUGUUACUAUGAACUUGCUAAUACUGAUAGUAUGAGAUUUGUUGUUAAUAAAGACCCCUCUUUUGUAUUAAAGCUACUC